AUGUGGGUCCCAGCCUAUCGCGAGACAGCAAAUCUUACUGACUUGAGGGUAACAGUACGCUUCAUCGCUCCAAACACCGACGGCGAUGAAGAGGCUGUGGAAGACGAGCCUGAACCAGAGCCCGAGUCGGCAUCUGAAGGCUCUGAUCCGGCCCUUCGGCGAAUGCUGGAUGUAGGCUUUGAGACGAGGAGUCCAGUAGAUCCCCUUUUGCCAUUCCAUCAGAGGACUUCGUCGCAGGCGCUGCACCGAUCAGAUUCAAACGCAUCACAGGAUCUCGGCGGCAUCAUUGACUACCACGCCCAACCUCCAUUUCUUCCUCCUAUUUCCGAUGUCUUGAGUACGACACCAUCGAACCGAGAUGUAAUCAGCGAUGCUCCUUCUCAACCGUACUCAGGCCCGCCUUUCGAAAGAGCGGAUUCAGGUACAUUGUUACGCGGCUCGGUCGAUUGGUCUGUGAUAUCGCCUGGCCACAAGCACAGUUCGCCAUCCUUAUCCCAGAAAAGAAGCCCAAACGACGUCAACCACAUCUCGCCGUUCUCAAAUUCGGCUUUCUCUCCGAAUUCUUCCAUCUCUUUGAGCUGGCCAGUAAAAAAUCCUCACGAGGCACGUCUUUUUCAUCACUACAUCGUGGCCUGCAGUGACUGGAUUGAUGUGUGUGAUUCGAGGCGACAUUUUACCCGCGAGGUUCCCAAACGCGCCGCACAUUUCCCGGUCAUUGUGAAUGCCAUUCUCGGUCUUGCAUCACGACAUCUGUGGCUAGUAGGGAAGCAAGACGAAGAUCGCUCCCAACUCUAUGUCGACCAGUGCCUCCAAUCGCUCAUCGUAGCCUUGGAGGACCCCUUAGCCCACUGGGACGAGAAUUUCCUCGUCGCAGUCAUACUCCUUCGUCUCCACGAGGAAAUAGGGGAAGAUGAUGAACAGUGUCAUCACUUCGGCACUGCACGUAUUCUCAAUUCCAUAUCUUCAUUCGCUGCCGAUGGCGGUUUGCGCGAGUCGGCGAGCUGGGUCUCGCUCCGUCAACACAUCUACGUUUCUCUCACCAAACAACAACCCUUUAAUCUCAGCCUGGACAACUACAAACAUUCCAGUGUGUUUCGCGAAUACGAUGACGAGGCCUGGGCGAAUCGCAUCGUCUACCAAUUCGCACUUAUACUACAACACGUGUUCGAAGAUGCGGAGCAGGCAAAUUCGCUCUCGCGCGAAAGGUGGACCGAGCUCAGUGCAGACACAGACGAAUGGUACAGGACAAAGCCAUGGUCCUUCGCCCCUCUAUACUUCGACCCAAGAGCCGGAGACUCCUUCGAUGGCUCAUGGCCCGAAUUACCUACGCCACAAGGUGUCGUCGCAAUCGGUCUACAAUACUAUCAUCUUUGCAAGAUCCUCCUCACAAUAUACUCACCAAACGCGUCCUUGGUCGGUCUCGCCGGAGUGCGCGCGCGGAAAUCCACAGACGCAGCGAUACGGAAGCACAUCCGUCUUGUCAUCGGCUACGGUGUCAGCAAUAGCCAUUGUAGCAAUGUCAUGUUCCAGGGAAGCCAUAUAUUGAGCGCCUGUGGGGCGUAUAUUAUUGAUAAGGCGGAACAGCAGGCAUGUGUUCAGUACUUGGGCACUUUACAAAGCAUGAUAGGAUGGAGGACGGACAAGGUUGUAGCAGAGGUACGCGAGCAGUGGGCGACAUGA